CGGGCGGCGAGCCCCGGGCGCGGGCAGCCCUCGGCGGCGCCCCCGCAGGCUCCGCGCCCCCGGACCGCGGCGUGGAACGCGCGCUCCCGGCUGCGGCUGAACCUGCAACGUGAAAAACUGAUGUGAGUCAAAAUGGUCACCACCUAGAAGUCUGCAGCGACGAGUGACAAUUACACGCCAUCACAUCGGUGAACCACUCGAGAGGCUGAGAAGCUGGCGCUGAAGCUGAAGCCUGGGAAGUGCUCCUCAGUAUUUUUUGCUGGCUUGUGCAAUGUCUGCUGCAGAAGAGCUUUCUGCAAGUCCCUCUCUUGCAUGACAACACUGUGUGAAACUGUCAUAACCAGUACAGCUGAGAGUUGGAAAACAUGCCCUGCUUGGAGAUGACAACCAAAAGGAAGAUUAUUGGCCGCUUGGUGCCCUGCCGCUGUUUUCGCGGUGAGGAGGAGAUCGUUUCCGUCCUGGAUUACUCUCACUGCGGCCUACAGCAGGUGCCAAAGGAGGUCUUCAACUUCGAGCGCACGUUAGAGGAGCUUUAUCUGGAUGCCAAUCAAAUCGAAGAGCUACCCAAGCAACUGUUCAACUGCCAGGCGCUACGCAAGCUGAGCAUACCAGACAAUGACCUCUCCAGUCUGCCAACCACCAUUGCUAGCUUAGUUAAUCUCAGAGAACUUGAUAUCAGUAAAAAUGGAAUUCAAGACUUCCCAGAGAAUAUUAAGUGCUGUAAAUGCUUAACAAUUAUUGAAGCCAGUGUCAAUCCAGUAUCGAAGCUGCCAGAUGGCUUCACACAACUUCUAAAUUUGACCCAGCUCUAUCUAAAUGAUGCCUUUUUGGAGUUUCUCCCAGCUAACUUUGGAAGACUUGUCAAAUUGAGAAUAUUGGAGUUAAGGGAAAAUCACUUGAAAACUCUACCAAAGUCGAUGCACAAGCUGACUCAGCUGGAGAGACUUGAUCUGGGCAAUAAUGAGUUUUCUGAACUGCCUGAGGUUCUUGAACAAAUACAGAAUCUGAAGGAAUUGUGGAUGGACAAUAAUUCUCUGCAAAUACUACCUGGGUCUAUAGGGAAGUUAAAACAGCUCGUGUACCUGGAUAUGUCAAAAAACAGGAUAGAAACUGUUGAUUUGGACAUAUCGGGAUGUGAAGGACUUGAAGACCUCCUGUUGUCAUCAAAUAUGUUGCAGCAACUGCCAGACUCCAUAGGGCUGCUGAAAAGGCUCACCACGUUAAAAGUGGAUGACAAUCAGCUCACAAUUUUGCCCAACGCGAUUGGAAAUUUAUCUUUAUUAGAAGAAUUUGACUGCAGCUGUAACGAGUUGGAGUCGUUACCUUCUACCAUCGGUUACCUUCACAACCUGAGGACGUUGGCUGUGGAUGAGAAUUUCCUUCCUGAGCUGCCCAGAGAAAUUGGAAGUUGUAAAAACGUAACCGUGAUGUCCCUGCGCUCCAACAAACUGGAAUUUCUUCCAGAUGAAAUAGGUCAGAUGCAGAAGCUGAGAGUGUUAAACCUGAGUGAUAACAGGCUGAAGAACUUGCCAUUCACUUUUACUAAACUCAAAGAACUUGCAGCUUUGUGGCUUUCUGACAACCAGUCCAAGGCUCUCAUCCCCCUGCAAACUGAGGCUCACCCGGAAACGAAGCAGAGAGUUUUGACUAACUACAUGUUUCCCCAGCAACCCCGCAGCGAUGAAGAUUUCCAGUCAGACAGUGAUAGCUUCAACCCUACUUUGUGGGAGGAGCAGAGACAGCAACGUAUGACUGUUGCCUUUGAAUUUGAAGAAAAAAAGGAAGAGGAGGAAAAUCCAGGGAAAGUUAAGGUUGAAAUAAAUCUAAAACGUUAUCCCACUCCAUACCCGGAGGAUUUAAAGAAUAUGGUAAAAUCAGUUCAAAAUCUGGUGGGCAAAACAAGCCAUGGAGUACGGCCUGAGAACUCAGCACCAACCGCCAACACUGAACAAACUGUGAAAGACAAGUAUGAGCACAAGUGGCCCAUGGCACCAAAGGAGAUUUCAGUGGAGGUGCAAGAAUUCCAUAAGAGUCACCUGUCUGAUACAGACAACACUCAUAAAUCGACUCUGGACAGGAAGGAGAAAGAAGAGUGUACAAAAAGCUCAGAGGAUGCCUUUGGACAUCCUGCCAGUGAGAUGAGGAUAGGGGAACUUCGUCCUUCCCUGCCAGAGACUCCGUUGUACCCACCCAAACUUGUUCUUCUGGGUAAAGACAAGAAAGAGUCGACAGAUGAGUCUGAAGCAGAUAAGAUCCACUGUCUGAAUAACAGCGUUUCCUCAGGCACUUACUCAGACUAUUCCCCUUCCCAGGCUUCCUCAGGGUCCUCCAAUGCGCAUGUUAAAAUGGGGUCCUUGCAGACAUCGGCUAAAGAAGCAGUGAAUAACUCUUUGUGGGGGAACAGCAGGCUGGUGCAAUCGUUUCCACAGCCCCUCGAAACAAAGCCAUUACUGAGCCAACGGGAAUCUGCUCCGGCAGGGAACGUGCCGCCGCGCACCGACCGGCGUCCUCUGAGUGAGACCUUCACCGACAGCUGGAAUGACAGCUCACACUAUGACAACACCGGCUUCGUGGCGGAGGAGAGUGUGGUGGAGAACCCCAGCGCUAACCCUCUGCUAAGCACGAAAUCUAGAAGCACAUCUGCGCAUGGGCGCAGGCCGCUGAUUAGGCAGGACAGGAUAGUUGGCAUUCCUCUGGAGCUGGAGCAGCCGACGCUCAGAAACACACAUGAAUCUGAAGUGCCUCCUCCCAACCCUUGGCAAAAUUGGACCAGAACCCCUAGUCCUUUUGAAGACAGGACAGCUUUUCCUUCCAAACUGGAAAACACCCCCACCACCAGCCCUUUGCCCGAGCGGAAAGAUCAUGUCAAAGAGUCUCCCGAGAUAACUAGCACUUUCGCUCCCGGAAUAGCAUGGGAAUAUCACGAUUCAAAUGCUAACAGAAGCCUCACAAAUGUCUUUUCGCAUAUCCACUGUCGCCCAGACCCUUCUAAAAGCGUUAUUUCCAUCAGCAAGAGUACGGAAAGGCUUUCUCCGAUGAUGAGGGAUUUAAAAACUAACAAAUUUAAGAAAUCGCAAAGUAUCGACGAGAUAGACAUCGGUACCUACAAGGUUUAUAAUAUUCCUUUAGAAAACUAUGCAUCUGGUAACGAUACUGUAGGAGCCCACGAGAGGGUGGACAAGCUGCUGGGCCCGGAGCACGGCAUGCUGAGCAUGUCCCGCAGCCAGUCGGUCCCCAUGCUGGACGACGAGCUGCUGACCUACGGCAGCGUCAAGGUGCAGCCGCAGCAGAAGUCAUCCGUGACGAAGAAGGUCUACCAGUUUGACCAAAGCUUCAACCCGCAGGGAGCAGUGGAGGUCACGGCCGAGAAGAGGCUACCACCGCCUUUCCAGCUCAACCCCGAGUACAUCGCCCCACAGAGCAAGAACCUGCCCCAGGAGCUGGUCAGCCCCAGGGCGUACCGCGGCUACCCGCCCGUGGAGCACAUGUUCUCCUUCUCCCAGCCGUCGGUGAACGAGGAUGCCGUCAGCACGCCCUUCACGAGUCAGGGCUCCAGGCCGGGCUUCUUGAGGAGGGCGGAUUCUCUGGCCAGCUCCACCGAGAUGUCCAUGUUCCGCAGGGUGAGCGAGCCCCACGAGCUGCCGCCUGGCGACAGGUACGGCCGGGCUCCGUACCGCGGGGCCAUGGAGCGCCAGGGCAGCAUCUCAGUCUCCGAGUCCCAGUUCCUCAAGAGGAACGGCAGGUACGAGGACGAGCAUCCUUCCUACCAAGAAGUGAAAGCCCAGACCGGCAGCUUUCCCGUUAAAAACCUCACCCAAAGGAGGCCCUUGUCUGCAAGAAGCUACAGUACAGAGAGUUAUGGCACCUCUCAAACCAGGCCGGUCUCAGCGAGGCCCACCAUGGCAGCUCUGCUGGAAAAGAUACCGUCAGACUAUAACUUGGGUAACUAUGGCGACAAGCCUUCCGAUAGCAGUGAUAUAAAGACAAGGCCCACCCCUGUGAAGGGAAAUGAGAGCUGUGCUAAAAUGCCUGCUGACUGGAGACAACAGCUACUUAGACAUAUAGAAGCUAGAAGGUUAGACAGGACCGCUGCUUACAAACACAACACAGUUAGCCUUGGCAUGCUGCACUCUGGAGGGUUUUCAGCAAUGCAUGCCGGCAGAAGCAUGACUUUAAACUUGCAGACUAAAUCUAAAUUUGAAAACCAAAUGCUUCAAGAGCUACCUCUACCGAAAACCCCGUCGCAGCAGAGCAGCGUCCUGGACAACGGGCAGGACGAGGGGCCGGGGAGCGGCCAGUGGAACCCCUACCCGCUGGGGCGGCGGGAUGUGCCCCCCGACACCGUCAGCAAGAAGGCAGGUAGCCACAUCCAGACCUUGAUGGGGUCGCAAAGCCUGCAGCACCGCAGCCGUGAGCAGCAGUACGAGGGGAACAUGAACAAGGUGACCAUCCAGCAGUACCAGCCCCCGCUGCCCAUCCAGAUCCCCUCCUCGCAGAGCUCCCGAGCGCCGCAGACGGGGCGAUGCCUCAUCCAGACCAAGGGGCAGAGGAGUACGGACGCCUACCAGGAGCAGUUUUGUGUGAGGAUAGAGAAGAAUCCUGGCCUUGGUUUUAGUAUCAGUGGUGGAAUAAGUGGACAAGGCAAUCCAUUCAAACCUUCCGAUAAGGGUAUCUUUGUUACUAGGGUUCAGCCUGACGGACCAGCAUCCAGCCUGCUCCAGCCUGGCGACAAGAUCCUCCAGGCAAACGGACACAGUUUUGUACAUAUGGAACACGAGAAAGCUGUAUUACUACUGAAGAGUUUCCAGAACACAGUAGACCUAGUUAUUCAACGUGAGCUUACCGUCUAAAUAUUUUUUUAUAAAUAGUAAAUAUGUCUAGCCAGAUCUAAUGUUCAAACAGAUUUAUACAUAGGAAACCAAUUUUUGCCAAUUGCUGGACCAAUGGCAAACAGUAGUGCCAAAUGUAUAAUACUCUAUGUCAGUACCAAUCAUCUCGAAAGAAAUACACGACCGACGCAGAUCUCUGGUUCAUGUGGCUAUGUAUCAGUUCUACCCGUCAGCCUCCGGCUGUGCAUUGGUGCGUUUUUUUAAUCGAGUUUCUUCUUAAGGUCAAUUUCAUAUGAUUUCAAAACACAGAAGCACAUACCAGUUCGUUAGGAAUUCUGCUGUCCAUCAGAAACACUGCCUCAAAGUUGUAUAUGCCUUUAUAAAGAUGAAAUAUAUGAACCUGUACUUCCCAUGAGAUAUUUCUAUCAUGUCACAUACGAAAAUAUAGAGAAAAGAUAUUUUCAUAAACACCUCAAAGAAAGUAUAUAUUAAAUUAAAUUUAAUAACGUUCAUUUAUUUUCAAUGCAAAGAUAUUAUAUGCCUUAUGAAAAUACCUGUACAUAUGCAGUGUGUAUAGCUGGCUCCGUACUAACGAGUGAAACUGUCGCUGCACAGGGUGAGCUCUGGACAGCCCGGGUAGUGCCACCAACGGCAGGAGAUGGGCGCACGUCCUCCUGGUGGGCGCUUUCAGUUGCUUCAUGUGAACGCACCACGAGGACGAGCAGUGAGUGUAGACAGCUCCGCUUCCUAACGGGAGGAGUUUGCGAUGGGCGGCAGUCAAACUUCUUUUGUUGCUGCUAAUUUCAUUAUUCUAUCUUUUCCAUUUGAAGUGAUGGCCCCUCACCUGUGUUGCCCAUUUCCCCUGUGUUAUGGUGUUCUGUCUUUCUGCUCUGGCCCGGGCUCGCUAUGUCCAUGACCAGUAUGGCUUUAGCCUUUACAGAACCCUUUAUUUGAAUGAUAGUCUCUAAAACGAAUGGGGAUUGACUCAGCAUACCUGAGAAAUGGUGGAAGAGUGGCACUGACAGAGCAUGGGGAGGUUUCCCACCGAAGUACCGAAUCUGAAAACCCUUAAGGUAAAAAUCCUCGCGCUGUUUUCAACACAGACAGCACCAAAUUCUGCCAAACUGCUGCUGCCUCAGUAAUUCAGGGGUACGCCGUGCUGACAGCAAGGAGGUGAAACACAAGGAACGCUCCCACGAGGUGCUGCCACUUGUGCUGCUGCCCACAGUCUGGUGCUGGGCUGCAGGCAGAGCCAGGAGCUGCUCACAGGGUGCUGCCCACAGGCAUCUCCUGACUGCUAACCCUCAAACCUUUCGUCUCUUCCCCUCAAGCACACGCUGACUGAAGUGAUUAAGACUUCCAGUUAAACUGACAUGAUGUCAGAAGGUAGUGGUGCCCCUUCUGUGUGCUCUGUGCAUGGGCCAGGUGCCUGCCACAGAGCAGCACCCCACAAAUAGGUAAGAGUAGGAACUGCCCCCUGGGUGUCAUGAAGCACCAGGCCUUUAAUUGUUUGCACUCUUCCUUAUCUUUUUAGGCUGCUGGGAAGCACUGGAGGGGCUUGGGAGUGUGAGGCUUUUAUGUCGGCACGUAAAUUCUAUAUUCCAUGGUUGUUUGCAUCUUUCCUUUUCUCUUCAAACAACGAGAGUUAUUGAGUUUAUUAGUACAAAUAAUAACGAACCAUAAUUUCCUAAGUGACAUAAUACUAACUUUUCCGUUACCCGUGCAAGUGCUCUUAGUGGAAGAGCUCCUGUGACCCCUGGGUGGCACCACGCUCCCAGAUCCACUUGAUAUUACAAGCUGAAGCUGAUCCAGGUUGGGGUUGUUUCCCUGUUUUCAGUUUUCCAUUUCUGCCACACAGCUGUAAUUUCAAAACAAAAACCACACAGGCUCUGCAGAACCCAUUUGAAGCUCCCCCCUGAGUUGGCACAUCAGAGACCAACAUCCCCACUUUAAGUCCUUUGCCCUUCAAGAGAAAAUAUCAAGUUUUACUCAUCAUCAUGUUCAGAAAAUUGUACCUUUGUAGUCUGUAGCUACACUGAAUGGAAAUCAGGUAUGUUAAUAGGUAUUUAUGCACCUAAGGCUUCUCUGGAGCUACUUUUUUCACGCAGAAAAAUCACUGUCAUGGAUGUGAGCACACACAGCAUGCAGAGCACACGUGUACAGCUGUAGCUGUGCAGCCCACAGGCACCUUAUGGCAGCACGGCCCCCUGCUCAGAGCUUCCCUGUCAUUUCUGCUUCCAGUAGGUAAGUGGAGUGCAUUACUUCUGCAAUUCUGCAUCCUACUGUAACACUGUGCAGCGCGGGCAUGCAGAACACACAGCACACAUCCCUCCCUCCCUCAGCACUUCAGCACACAGCAGCUGCAAUGCACAGAGUGCUUUGGUAGCAUCCAAAUGUAGCAGGGAGUUGCAGAGCUAAGGAGGCCCGUUGCCAAGGCAGUGGAGACAGGAGAGGAUGGCUGAACUCUGACUUCAGAGUUGCGUGGCUGCGUGCUUGUUAAUGCUACAUUGUUUGCUUUGGUGGGUUUCUGCACGCUGAGUUUAUGAGACUAAAGCACAGUGGCAGCAUAAAUCGAGGCUGUGUGCACAACUGUAUGUCAAGAUUGCUGAGAGCUUUCAUCAGUGGAUUGUAAUGAAAAGGAAAUUACAAUAAAAUUGAAAAAAAACCUCAGCCACAACUCCCCGACUCCAGGAGGGAUCUGGGACGAGUUUGGCCUCCCAGCUGAAACGUGCAAUAGGUAAGCUUUAAUAGCAGCCACCACUGUCCAAAUGCCCCAGCAGUUUCUUCUUAGCCUUGUUUUUAUUCAAAGUGAUAGAAGUGGUGUUUAGAUAGGAGCAACUCGUCUUCAGUGGGACUGCUCAGGGUUUCCACAUUAAUCCACUCAAACAACCUGCAGCUUUUUCUUUCCCAGAACCUCACGUUGCACCACUGUGCACGGCCAGGUUUGCAAGCAGGGUACCCAGCUACAUGCAGGCUUUGCACAUAAAAAGCCCAUAAGUAUAAAUACAGCUCUACAGCAAGUCUGGUGGGUAGAGGACAGCUUGCCCAGAGGUGAGCUCCAUGUGUGGGUUCACCUGUGUGUGUGUGAGAGAAUUCUGAUAAGGCAAGCGCAGGCUCAGAGCUGCAGAUGGUUUCCUUUCUUUGGGCUGCACAGCACUCCUGGGCACACCAUAUGUUCUCCCUUGUCAACGAUACAGGCACUCAAUGCCCUGUUUUUUAAGCUCCUAGUGGAAGCAUUAAUCUCAGUGGAACUGUGCUGGGUUCUUUUUUACAUUUUUCUUGCAAUAAACAACAAAUGAUCCUCAGGGAAGGGCUGGAUUGCAGAAGGAAAUCUGCACUGGGGUUCUCUUACCCUCAUUUUGCAGCAAGUGAGUCUUAAGGAACUCAUGGUCAGUGCUGGGGCCGAUGGCCCUGUGCUGCCGGUGGCUCCUGAUUGGGCCAGAUGUGUCCAAAUCCCAGGGCCCAGCUGCUCUGCAGCCCUGUUGCCAGUUGGCUAUUAAGAAAAAAAAAAAAAGGAAAAAUUAGAGAAAAGAAAGCUGCUCACAAA